UUGUUCUUCACAGUUCACUUCUGUAGUGCUUCGAAACCUGUAUCGAAGAGAAUUCGUUUGCAUGAGUUUUUCUCUUUCAUCGUGUUUCACUAGAUAGUACUUAUGCGCGAUAAUGAGAUAUUUUAUCAACUGUUCUAAUCUUCGAGUUGCUUUUGUGUUCGAAUAAGAGUGAAAAAUUUGUUACCAGUUCAGUUAUCGCGUAUUGCCAUCAACUAUCGUACAUUUAUGUGCUUCAUUCUACAGCAAAUUCAGUAACAUCAGUGUUUACUCGAUUACUUUAUAAUGAAUGGUCACCACGAAGCACCCCUUACCAGCGACGAACCUGCGAAUAAGCGAUGUAAACUCGACGUUAACGAAGAAAAUGUAACAAUGUAUUGUUCACCGGCACCGUUAAAAGACUUGGCUGCUUUGAAGAUAGCUCUGGCGAUUUGGCGCCAUCAUGAGUUUCGUUUCUGCAAGAACCAAGGUUACUCGGCCUUAUUCUACGAUUUGCGAAACACCGACGGCAAAUCGUUCAUUUAUGUGCCUCCCUACGUACGUUCGGAUUGUUAUAAAACAGACAAUCAGCCUAUAAUGAAACCAAUUCAAGAUUCCGUUGAUACUUUGAAUCUUCCAACGCAGAUAUCUAACAGCGUCGUAAACCAGUGCAAAAUCAGAGAACGUGAAUUACGUUUGUGGGCGUUUCGCCACAAACAAUUGAUCUCGUUGGAAUCGUUCGACAUUGAGGAUAUUUUUUGGAAAUCCGACGGUUACGUCGAUUAUCUGAGAACGGUUCGAAAUGUGUUGUCGUCGUCCAAACUCGAUACACCUAAGAGGUUCGAGUUGAUGAGCGAGUAUUGUUUGGAAGAUGAUAUCAAAUCAUUAUUGCGACAUCAGAUUGCUGCAAGUAGAUGGGAUAUGUAUCAUAAUCCGAUGCAGUUUUAUUGGAUAUGUAACUUGGAAGGAGCUCUGCACAGAAUACAUAUGUACGAGUAUCCUUAUUACUUCGACCACCCUACGCUCGAUUCGUAUAUGUUGCAUCGUUAUGUCGCCGAAAGAAAUCUCGCAUCUGUUGAUUAUUUUUAUAACCGAUUAAACGACGCCGAUCGAGUAUCAGUUUCGAUCAGUCUGAUUCCGCGUUUAAACGAUUUCCAAUUCGUAGUCGCUGUAUUAUCGAAGCUCAACAAAUCGCAGUAUGAUCGGGUUCUUGCGAGGAUCGCCGACUGCGUUAUAAUGACGUUGGGAAAACUCGUCCAGUACGAAAAUUACAUCUUGAACGUAUGGAUCAAGUAUAAAGAUCAUAUCGACGAAAGUAAAUUUUUAAACAUGAUACAUUCGUUGUAUCAAUACCCGAAAAUCGACGAGAGAUAUCACGAUCACGUUGACAGAUUAUUAUUCGAUAUUUGGGAUAUGGCAACCGACGAAAAGAGAAAAUACGUAUGGGAGAAACAUUACGCUGUGUUUUUGGAAACCCAACCUCCUCGAUGGCAAUUUCUAAAGAAAAUGUUUACCGAAGUCGACGUUACUAUGAAAAGCAACAUCGUUGAAAAUCCAUUAUUCUCGUCAUUCUGCAAAACUUCCAUCGAAACGCAGCAGUGGUAUUAUAUCGAUACCUUCAUCAAACUGUUCGUAUCCGGUAACGAUCGAGUAAUGGAAUUCAAAGCUAAUCUUAUGGAUACCGCUGCAAUCCAGAAGUAUUGCAGGAAAUUAUUCGUGAAACAUGGAGUAGAAAGAUUGGAUGAUUUAUUGGAUAUAUUUUUACCUCAUGGCGUCGCCGUAUUAGAAUACAAGAAGAAUUUACUAUCAUCUGGGACGCACUUGAAGGAUUUCUGUAUUAUCGAAUUAACCUCUAAUCGUAUCGCAAAACUGAACGAAGUGAUCGAGUACAUAUUUCCAGACGCUACAGAAGCGGCUCAUUUCCGACUCCAUUUGUUGCUAGAAACUAAAGUUGUCAAGAUGAUGUGUCAGUUUAUAAACGAAGGCAAAUUCGAUAAAAUGAAGAAUUCCAUCGAACUUCUUCUCACUCGUUCCAUCGAUAUCGAAUCGAUGAAGGCGAAAUUAUUAUCAGAGUAUAGAAAUACAUUGAAAAGGGGCAAAUGUUUACACCUGAGGAAAGUCGAAUGGGAUAAAUUUUUAUCCUGGUGUUCGGAUAGUGCUAAGAAACAGCUAAAGGAAUCUUUACCAGUCGGCGAUAUUUUUUUCAAAAUGGUGAAGAAAAUGGUAUUGGUACCUGGAAAAAGAGGCAAAUUGCCGAAUAUUGAAAUCAAAUCGCAUCUAGAAGAAAUUGAUUACUUUUUACGAUGGUAUUUCGAAACGAAGAAUGAAAUCGACGCGUAUAAGAACGCAAAGGUGUACGAAUAUAGUGAUACGUUGAUAAAGAAGAUCCCUACGAAGAAUUUACGUGGUUUAUGCUUCGUGAAUUUAAUCGUAGGAUGGUUUUUCGAUGGAAAUCAACGACUGAUUGAUGAUUUUAUUAGAGAGAUUCGGACUUGAUCGUAGAGAUCUUCGUGGAUAUAGGUUUUAGAAAUUAUAUUCUAGGUUAGUUUUUGUUUUUGAAUCAUUUUUCGAACUUUUUGUUUACUUUUUUACGUCCCCGUACAUAUUUUUUUUAAUUUUGUGAAUUGAUCUUUUACCUAUAGUGGAGUUGAUUGAUGUAAUUUUACGUCGGUUUCGUGUUGAAUUUUAUUUUACUGAACUAGUGUAAUAAA